AUGGAUUGGGAGAGUGAUGACAGUGAAGAAAAGGCACGUAUAAGAUGCAUUGGAAAAAGAAUCGGACUGGAAAUCCGAAAGGGUAAUAAGAGAAGUUUCAACAAGAUUGAAAAACGUAGUUUACCAUCUCAGAUACGAGAAAAAAUGAGAGAACUACAAAGGUCUUUACAAAAGUUUUGUGACAAAGAGGAUGACGAUUCUUCCGAAAAGUCAUUCGUUUCUUCAAGAAUCACGCAAAAAAAUCGUACAAAUCCUAAUACAAGCUCCAUUCAGCAGAAACAAAUAUUGAAAGUAGAUUUAACAUAUUCAUCCAGCGAAGAUUUGUCUCUUGCACGAAACAAAAAUUUGUCUGCUUUAUCUAAAAGAAAUAAACAAAGUAAAGGCGAGAGAGAUCAAAAAGCGAAAUCUGUACGGAAUUCCACACAGAAAGUUUCAAGAUCAGUUUUAAAAGAAAAAAUUACAUCAAAGAAAUCGAAAAUAUCUAGUGAUUCAGAUGAUGAUUCUACUCAUACGUCAUCGAAUAAAACAGGAAAACGUACAGUUAAACGUAAUAGUUCUGAAAAAAUAAAACGUAAAACGAAUUGUAUACAUUCUUCUGAUAGCGAAAGUGAUGAGAACGAUACAAACAGAGUGUCGAGUGUAUCCAAAAGGAUUUUAAAAGAUACCAGACAACGGAAUAACAAAAUGGAUAAUUUUUAUAAUGCAAAGUCGAAGGACAGGACAAAGAAAUAUGACUUAUCUAGUGAAUCUGAAGAUGAAGAUAAAAAACGAAAUAGGAGGGAACGUUCGAAAACAUCCCGGAUGAUACCGUACAGUAAUAAUGAUGAACGAAAACGUAACGAGUCAUCGAAGCAACGACUUUCUGACAUUCAGAAAGAUGAUUCGGACAUUAGUUUCGGUAAAGAAUGUCAGAAACUUCAAAAAGUGAAUCGCAAUAAAUACUCUAGGAAACAAUUGGUAGACUUGGACGUAGAUCAUACUAAGUCACCCAUGAAAAAUUCUACGAAUGAUAAGAGUGGUAAAGAUAUCAACGAACAAUCGAAUCUGAAUGUUAGCUAUAUAAAAAAAAUUUUAACGGCGUGUAAGAAGACGUGUUUAAACUUUCAAAUGUAUAUCGAAAAAAGUAUAGAGCAGUUAUAUGGCAAACAAAAAAAUGAAAAACAACUCGUGUUGCAGUCUAUAGAAAAAAUUGAUAAUUUAAUAACGACGUUAAAGAAAAGAUCAAAAAAUUUAACAACUUGGCAAUUAUGGUGUAGGAAUAAGAAAAAAUCUACUGUGAGGAGAAGGUCAAACAAAAUAGUUAGCGAUAACGAACAAUACUCAGAAGAACGUGAGAAACACACAGUGAGCAUGAAUAAACACAUUUCCGGCGAUGAGCAGGACGGAAAUAAAGCUGUUUUCAAAUGUGACAGCGAAGAAAUAUUUUCAGCGGAUGAAACCAGGUCACCGCGGAAGAUACAGACGACUGGACGCAAAGUAGAUACAGCAAGAACGGAAAACAAUCUAAAUAACAAUGAAACUAAUACCAACGAUGAAAACAGAAUGUUAGUGAAUGGAUCAAAGAAUAACGAUAAAAAUAAUGUGGGUACGCGAGAUGAUUUGGCCGCUUCUCCUGUAUUAAAUUUAAAAGAGAGGAAGGCCAACAUGAAACGAUCAAAUAAAAAGCAAGUAUUUUCAGAAUGCAAUAAGAGCAACAAGACACAAUUGACGGGUGAAAAUACUAACAAUAAACAGGCAAGUUUAAAAACUGAUAUGAAAUAUGAAACCGAGAUUGAAGAUCAAUCGAACAAAAAGAAUAUAAUUAACGAGUCAAUGGAUAUGUUCAACACAUCUUCUGAAGAUGCAAAAGUAAGCAGAACGCAAGUCGAACUAAAUGUAGAAACAAAUUGUUAUAAAGACGAAUUUUCGCAUACAUCCAAGGAUACGUCUUUAGAUCCCUGUAAAAGUUCUUUGCAAGAUAUCAUUUCAAGCGAAAAAGAGAGAGCAUCUCUUUUAACCGAUGAUAGUGGAAAAGAAAAGGAUUUGUCGACUCAAGAUAAUCAGGAGAAAGUGGCAUCUGUAUUUGCAUCCAAUGAGGAAGCUGAUAACGAUUUGAAACCAUUUAGCAAAACGAAUCUCGAUGAUAGCAAAUCUCUGGAUGACGCUGAACCAUUGGCAAAGAAAGCUCUGUUGGUAACUGAUUCUGACUCAGAUACAAUUUCUGAUGAAAACGUAGCUAAGCCAACUGAAGAUUUGAUUGCAAAUGAUGCUGAUCGAACCGAAAUGAAAGACGCAACGGGCCACAACAAUUCUGAUGUCAAUAGCGUUAGUGCAGUGAAGUUUUCAACACUUGUAAAGGAGGCGAGUACUGACGCUGAAAAGAAUACUGCGAUCGAAGUCAAAACUGAAGCUGAAGAGAAAAAAAAUGAUUCACCGGAUAAAAAAUCUCGUCAAGAAAUGAACUUUUCGGAGGAUGAGGAUGCCAAGGCGGAAAAGGCUGCCAAAAAAGCUCUCUUGGAAUCAAAUUUAAACGAUUCUACACUUUUAUCGCUCUCAUCGGAGUCGGAAAAGCUCGUCGACAAGAAAACCGAAUCGGAUUCUUUUGAGAAAAAUGCCAAAGCGAAGCUGUCACUUCUAGCGUCUUUCAGCGAGAGUUCCAGUUCUGAAAUGGCAAAUAUUUCAAGGAGUACUAAACGUGCUCAUGAGGCUGAGAAUGACAGAGAAUCCAUAGUCUCCACGAUAAAGAAGAGAAGAUUCAAACUCGACAAAAAUCAUUACUACCAAAAUAAUGAGAAAUUGAGAAUGUCCUGCAAAGUUCAUUUAACGCAAUUAAACACGGAAGUUUUUAAGUCCUAUUCCUAUGCAUUAAGAAAGUCAAGAGAGUAUCUGGAACAUAAGGCACUCAAAAGAUACUGCUGCAGGCUGCUACCUUUAUUUCUCCCAACUACCGCUUUGCCACACGGUGUCGCUACAGAUCUUGGCUACCAACGUGAAGUUGGCGUCAGCGGUCCAUGA